AUGACUACAAAAACAAAUGUUCAAGCAAGAUUGAAUGAAUGGGAAACGUCAUGCUUACAUAAAGUGAUAAAUUUAACUCCUUCAAAUAUCGAUCUAUUAAUACGUAAUACAUCACAUAGCUCGAAAAAUAUCCCUAGUUUAUCUAAAUUGAUGAAAAGGUUAUCACUAUCACCUCGAAAGAAAGAAAAUCUCGAAAAGCAUCAUGAAGUAGUUCAGACUUAUUGUAAAGAUAUUAAACUUUACACUUAUAACAAUGGUGGGUUUUAUUCGGACGGUAAAGGAUCAAUGACAUUACAAGAUAUAGAAAAUGCUGUUCAUCAAUUAUUAUGGAAGAAAUAUGGUAAAGGUAUCAUCCAUUGUUCUGGUUGUAAGAGGACGGGCACUGCAUACAAAAAACAUAUAGAAUGGUUUGUUAUACCAAUCAAAGAUUUACCACUAAUAUUACAAAUUAUAGAUAAUUUCUGUUUUAGUCAAAAUAGAAUAAAAUGA